CGCCACGCCGCCACUUGACUCUACUGCAGGAGUACUGCUCCUGCUGCAUGCUACUCGCUCUCGCGCCAACCAAACCACCAUUAGAAUUUAGAGCACCAUGUCAAUGUCACGAAUAUAUGGUCCAUGUCGCCGUACGUGACACCGGCCGCGAGCCUAGCUAGCGACUAGAGCUUCUGCUCUCUAUAUCACCUGGGCUAGUUGAUCUGCCGCGAGAUGCAAGAAGAAGCGGCGUCGUCGUCGUCGUCGUCGGCGUCGCCGGUGAUGGACGGGGGCAAGGCGAUGGCGGUGCUGCUGGCGGUGGCGGCCGCGGUGCUGCUGCUGCUCCCGCUCGUGCUGCCGUCGCUGCUGCUGCUCCUCCCCGUGGUGCUGCUCCUGCUGGUGGUUUCCCUCGCCUUCUUCCCCGCGGCCGGCAGCGACGGCGUCGUCGCCGCCGCCGCGGUCGCCGGCACCUACCAGCCGCCGCCGCCUCCGCCUGCUCGGUCGUCACCGCCGCCGUCGUCGUCGUCGUCAUCGUCGUCGCGGCAGCUGUGAAAUCUUGAUCGACUGUUCGAUCGAGUGCCCGGCCGCCGGAACGUCGAUUUGCGAGAGGCGAAUCGCGGCGAGACGACGAUGCCUGAGGCCGUCAGAUCGAGAUGGAAAUUUAGCCUCUGUUAAUUGUCUCGCGCAUCGACCUGGCAGGAAGGCAGGUCAAGAACAUGUACAGAAAUUAGGUAGCUCUGAUCAACGAGAUCAUUCCAUUUUGGAGUAAUUUAUCCAUGGUCCCGUUCUUAAUUCCGUGCUCUGCACUUGUUGCUGUAUUUCGAUUUACGCAUGAAAAACUUUGGGUAGAAAUAGAAUGUUACCGACCCCUGACGAUGAGAGAGUUUUCACCGAC